AUGAGGCUGCAGUGGCGGAACCUUCUGCUGUCCAGCGCUCUCCUUUCAAAGGCCUGGGCAAAGAAAGAUGCCCCGAAAGUCGACACCGCAAAGUUCGACUUCAUUCCCUUCAACUUGAAUUACUUCGAGGACUCAGAUGUGAUUCUGUUUGAGAGCGAGCUCGACAGGGACGUCUACCGCUCAGAGGAUGCUGGCGUAACCUGGGCACCGGUGGACGGGGUUCCAAAGGGAAAGCUUCUGGAAUUGUCGAUGCAUCCUGAUGAUCAUCAAAGAGCGUAUAUCAUUACAACCGAGACCACUCAUUAUCGGACUAGUGAUCGGGGCAAGACGUGGGAGGAGUUCUCUACAGAUGCGCAGGCGACCAUAUUCAGAGAGGCUCUGACAUAUCAUGCUGGGGAUCCAGAUCGAAUUAUAUUUAAUGGGAUGGACUGUACGGGGAUAUUCUGCGAAGAAGUGACUUUAUAUACUACGGAUGGAUUCUCAAAGGACCCCAAGAUACUUCGGUCUGAUACUGUUGGCUGCCACUGGGCUAAAUCAUCGCCGCAAUUUACGACUGGGGAUGCGGAUAAGGAUGCGAAUAGGAUUCUAUGCGUCGUGAAGGGUCGGUUCUCUCCCUGGAGGAAAGACUUUCGCCUCCUCGUCUCAGAUGAUUUCUUCAAGUUCGAGGCGGACACCAUACAGGAAUUCGAGCCAGAACUCGAGCCAGGGCGGACUGUCCAGGGUAUCAUCAACAUGGCCGUAGUCACAAACUACUUGAUUGCUGCUGCAACUGCGCCAGGCACUGACGAGAUGGCUAUGUAUGUUUCUGACGAUACUGUCAAAUGGCAUCGAGCAAUCUUCCCACAUGACCACAAAUUGACAGAGAAGGCGUACACAAUACUCGAAGGGACCAACUAUAGCAUUCAGAUUGAUGUUAUGACCAGCAAGCCUUCCCAACCGAUGGGCGUAUUUCUCAGCAGUAAUUCGAACGGAACAUACUUUACUCGGAAUAUUGAGAAUACAAAUAGAAAUAUAUGGGGUCUUGUGGACUUUGAGAAAGUUUCUGGAAUACAGGGAAUCGUCUUAGUAAAUAUUGUUGACAAUCCAAAAGAUGUCGAGGAUCUCGGCAUGGCCAAGAAGAUAAUAUCCAAGAUCAGUUUCGAUGAUGGCCGAAAUUUUGAUGAUAUCACCUGCGACGGGAAGAACCUCCAUCUUCACUCGGUAACUGAUCUCUCGAAUUCUGGCCGAGUCUUUUCUAGCCCCGCUCCAGGCCUUAUUAUGGGUAUUGGCAAUACUGGAGACCAGCUCAAAGACUACAGUGAUGGUAAUCUUUACGUUUCUGAUAAUGCUGGUUUAACGUGGCGACUGGCACAAAAAGGGCCUCAUAAGUAUGAAUUCGGAGACCAAGGUUCUAUUUUAGUUGCAAUCAAGGAUGAGCACAAUGACCUCACGGACGAAAUUCAAUAUUCAAUAAAUCACGGAAAGGACUGGCAAAAGGUCGACCUCGGCAUGAAAGUGAGACCACUUCAGUUGACGACCACUCAAGACUCCACCAGUCUCAAAUUCUUGCUCGAGGCAGUCGGCGGCGAGAAAGACAAUCCAGCAGGCUACAUCAUCGCCAUUGACUUCGACGGCAUGCACGAAGCUCAGUGUAAGAAAAAGGACAUGGAAGACUGGCCAGCCCGAGUUGACGAGGAUGGUAACCCGACCUGUGUCAUGGGUCACAAGCAAUCGUACAGCCGGCGAAAGCCUGAUGCAGAUUGCUUUCUCAAGAAGGUAUUCGAAGAUCCUGAAGUUAUUUCAGAGCCUUGCGAAUGCGCGGAUGAGGAUUUUGAAUGUGACUAUAACUUUGUCCGAAGUGCGGAUCGCAAGGAGUGUCAUCUCGCUCCUGGUGCAGCUUUGGUCCGCCCAGCAGAUGUGUGUAAAGAGACAGCUUCACCCGAAGAUACCUUCCAGGGCUCUUCCGGGUGGCGCAAAAUUCCCGAGAAUAAGUGUAAAGGGGGCAUCAAAAAGGACGAAUUGAAAGAAUGGAAGUGUGGAGACACGGGCGGCGUCCAUGAACCAGCUUCGGGCAAAAUUUCUAAAAACCAGAAGGCUAUCCCAGGGGGCAGGUUCCGGCAAAUUGUUUACCUUGAGAGAACCGAUAUAAGUACUGGUGACGAUGAAACGCUUCUUGUCCGCACUGAUGCGGGCGUUUUUCUGUCCCAUGAUCACGGCAAAACCUGGGAGGAGAUCUUGGAAGACGAGGAGAUAGAAUCAAUCUAUCCACACCCACACUUCAAAGAUGUGGUAUUCUUUACUACCUCCACGAAAAAGGUGUUUUACUCGACCGAACGUGGAAAUCAUAUAAGGUCGUUCGACGCCCCUCGGCCCCCAAAUAAACAAGACUUGCCGGUCAUGAAUUUCCACUGGAAAAACAAGGACUGGAUAAUCUGGACCGGAGCAGAGGAGUGUGAUAAAAAGGAGACAUGUCACUCCAUUGCCUCCGUCACCCGAGACCGAGGCGACGACGGCUUCAAAACUAUGCAACGAUACGUUGACAAAUGCCAAUUUGUGAAAGAGGAGCACAGCCUUUAUUUUGACUCUCCCGAAAAGGUUGGCAAGAACAAGGACACCGACGAAAAGGAUAAACUCAUCUAUUGCAAGGUCCGCGAGAAGGAGCGCAAUAAUGAUGACGGUAACAACCCCUGGCAACUUGUUUCGAGUGAAGACUUCUUCCAGGAGCCUCCGAAAGUUCAUUUCUCGGACGUGGUGGACUACGCCACCAUGUCGGAAUUCAUUGUCGUUGCCACUAAGGACUCGGUGCGUGAGACACUGAAAGUCGACGCCAGUGUCGAUGGACGAAAUUUCGCUGAUGCUGAAUUCCCCCACAAUUUCGAGGUGACCCAUCAAGUAGCGUAUACCGUACUCGAUAGCUCGACGCAUUCGGUUUUCAUGCAUGUAACUGUUGAAGGCGACCCGGGCUUUGAGUAUGGAACUAUCAUUAAAAGCAACUCUAAUGGUACCUCCUACGUCAAGACUUUGGAAGCUGUUGAUCGAGAUCGUUCUGGAUAUGUCGACUUUGAGAAAACCUUUGGGCUCGAAGGGGUCGCUAUGGUAAACACAGUCGAGAAUUACAAUUCCAAGGACUACAAGAAAGAGGGCAAGAAGAUGAAAACCCAGAUCACUCACAAUGAUGGCGCUGAAUGGAAUUACCUACCACCGCCAGCUGUAGAUGUUGAUGGCAAGAAAUUUGGCUGCAAGGGUAGCGUCAAGGAUUGCUCUCUUAAUAUUCACGGAUACACGGAACGAUCGGACAAGUCCCAUACCUAUUCCUCAUCCUCCGCCAUUGGUCUUAUGCUUGCUACUGGUAAUGUUGGCCAAUACCUAACGAAAGACGACGGAGAUACCUUCAUGACUUCGGAUGGUGGUAUCAACUGGAUUGCUGUCAAGAAGGGCAAGUACAUGUGGGAAUACGGCGACCAGGGUUCAAUUGUUGUCAUCGUCAAGGAUGGUGAAGCGACGGACGUUGUUCAUUUCACUUUGGAUGAGGGCAAGACCUGGCAGGACUUUACAUUCUCAGACCAUGAGAUCCGAAUAGAAGAUAUCACAACCGUUCCCAGCGACAACUCCCGAAACUUCCUUCUAUGGGCUAAAGAUGGCGGCGACUUAGUCACCAUCAAUCUCGACUUCACGGGGCUUACAGAUAAUCAAUGCAAGCUGGAUGAAGAGAAUGUUGAAGCGGGUGAUUAUUACCUCUGGACUCCCCAACACCCGAACCAAAAGGAUGAUUGCCUUUUCGGGCAUGUUUCGCAAUAUCACCGCAAGAGGAUCGACCGCACUUGUUACAACGGUCGCAUGAUUCCGAGUCUACACGAAGUUGCAAGGAAUUGUACUUGCGCAAGACGAGAUUACGAGUGCGACUUCAACUACCAGCGCCAAUCCGACGGUUCCUGUGCUCUUGUUGAGGGUCUGUCCCCCGCAGAUCAUUCUUUGCAAUGCGCCGAUGAUCCCGACCAAAAAUUGUAUUACGAACCUACAGGUUACAGGAAACUCACCACGGACACUUGCCAAGGCGGUACUCUAUUCGAAGUCAGCACGCCCCACCCGUGCCCAGGGCAUGAAGAGGAGUUUAAAAAGAAGCAUGGCGCCUCGGGUGUUGGCAUCUUCUUCGCUAUCGUUAUUCCCAUUGCUGUGGCUGCUGGUGUCGGAUACUGGGUCUGGCGCAACUGGGCUUCUAAGUUCGGCCAGAUUAGACUUGGUGAACAAUCAUCGUUCGAUGGCGAAGCGCCAUGGAUCAAAUAUCCAGUCCUCGUGGUAGCCGGCAUCGUGGCCGUCGCACAAGCCCUCCCACUGCUCGCCGCUAGUCUCUGGCGUUCAGCCAGCGGAGCAUUUGGCAGGAGCAGAGGCGCAAGAUUUACGACGAGAGACAGCUUUGCUAGAGGUAGGGGCGAUUACGCGGUUGUGGAUGAUGAUGAAGGCGAGCUGUUGGGCGAGGAAAGUGAUGAAGAGGUUUGA